GUGGGUGGGACACCACAGCCUCGACACGGCGGCGAGGCGAGGAGAAGGAGAAGGUGAAGGUGAUGCGGCGCGACGCGAUCAUGCGAGCGACGGCGGGCGUUUGAGCUGUUCGCCCACCUAACCCUCCCUCCAUUCUCUGGAAGAAGACUUCCUCCGCCUCACGCAUCUCCUCCUCCACCACCACCACCACCACCCCUCCUCCUCCUCCUCCAAUCCAAUUCACAGAUCACACGGGCAAUCGAUCACCAAAACCCGCGGGCGCGAGACAAGGGAGCGGCCCGCCUCUCUGUCUCUCUCUCGGUCUCUCCCGUUCUCCUUCCUCGCCAGAAGAUCCGAUCCAUAUUCGAGGACUCGCCGGGAAGAACCACGGAUAUAUAGAUAGAUAGAUAAAUAAAGGAUCCUCCGGACCGGAGGCGAGGCGCAAGAGCAGGAGGGAAGUCACCGGCCGCCGUCGGCGGGGAGGAGAUGUCGGACGGCGCGGGCUCCCGGACGGGCGUCGCUGGCGCGCUGGGCCUCUCGGUCACCUCGUCGGUGGCCAUCGUCAUCUGCAACAAGUACCUCAUCAGCACUCUCGGCUUCUUCUUCGCGACGACGCUGACGAGCUGGCACCUCAUGGUGACCUUCUUCACGCUGUACGUUGCGCAGCGGCUGCAUUUCUUUGAGCCAAAGGCAAUUGACGCGCGGACCGUCAUCUCCUUCGGCCUGCUAAAUGGCAUCUCCAUUGGUCUCCUCAACCUCUGCCUCGGAUUCAACUCUGUUGGCUUCUACCAGAUGACCAAGCUGGCCAUCAUACCCUUCACCAUAGUCUUGGAAACCAUCUUUCUGAACAAGAAGUUCAGUCAGACCAUCAAGGCCUCCCUCAUGGUCCUGCUCCUGGGAGUCGGCAUCGCAUCGGUCACAGAUCUCCAGCUCAAUCUCCUCGGCUCCAUCAUUGCCGUGCUCACCAUCGCCGCGACAUGCGUCGGGCAGAUUCUGACCAACCAAAUCCAGAGGAGGCUGAAGGUUUCCUCGACGCAGCUGCUGUACCAGUCGUCGCCGUACCAGUCCGCGGUGCUGCUCGUCACUGGUCCGUUCGUGGACAAGCUCCUGACCAAGCGCGACGUCUUCGCGUUUAGCUACACCACCCAAGUCGUGGCGUUCAUCCUGCUGUCGUGCUCGAUCGCGGUGUGCGUCAACUUCAGCACGUUCCUGGUGAUCGGCACGACAUCGCCCGUGACGUACCAGGUUCUGGGCCACCUCAAGACGUGCCUGGUGCUCUCCUUCGGCUACAUCAUCCUCAAGGACCCCUUCAGCGCCCGCAACGUGGUGGGCAUCCUCAUCGCCAUCUUCGGCAUGGGCCUCUACUCCUACUACUCCGUCGUCGAAAGCAGGAAGAAGACCGAGGCCGCCACCUCGCUGCCGGUCGCCGCGCAGAUGAGCGAGAAGGACUCGUCUCCACUCCUCGGCGCCAAGAGCUCGCCACGGACAGAGAACAAGAGCGAGGAGACCUUCGACUACAUGCCGAGGACGGCGAAGAGCGCAUUCACCGGCCGGUGAGCCUGAUGUAGCUUGUACCAAGUACGUACUUACCUUUUCUAGAGUGGUGGUAGGCGACGAACAACACGGCAAAACGGGAAUGUGCUUGUGAAAGAUGUAACGGAGGCAAGUGAAAUUCCAAUUAUCAUUUUGCGAUUUCUCCUCUCGGGUGGUGAUGGGUUGCUAGAGCCUACUAGGUGACAGAAUGUGUUGUUUCUCGAGCUUGAAAUAGCAGAUUGGAUUGGUGGUAGUACAAGACGCGUCCUGUAAGGUUUGCGCCAAUUUUAAAGGAAGUUGCAAGGUUACUGUUUU